AUGAGGUGGCCUACAGUUCUUUUCGCCUUGCUGGCCGUUGCAGUGGCCAAGGAGACGACCACCGAAACUACCGAAUCCGCUACCCAGUCAGGCAAGACCACCACCGAUGAACCUAUAGUUGUGUCGGUCACAACUCCAGUGGCCCUUCCAUCGGGUAGCUACCUAGACCCCAGUACAACCAUCACUCUGAGUGAUGGCGAUAAGUCGGUGGUUCCAUCGGCUACCCAUCACAAUGGGACAAUGACUGCCUCCAACCAGACGGUUAUCACCACAACAUCCGACUCCUUGACUUUACUGGUGGGCGGCGGAGGCACUACGGUGAUCGGAAACAUGAGCAUGAACGCGACGGCGACUACGACUGGUACAGCGACGAAGGUGCCUGUGGUUAAUAAACAGCCCUGCAACAACUACCCCGAGUUCUGUGUCAGAAAAUAUUCCAACAUUACCAUGAUCGCAGCGCACAACAGCCCGUUCGUGCGAAAGAACAACGUCGCCGCCAAUCAGGUGCUGGAUGUAACAACACAAUUGAAUGACGGAAUCCGCACACUGCAAUUCCAAACUCACUAUGAGAAUGGCACAAUGUUCCUAUGCCAUACUAGCUGCCAAUUGCUCGGCGUCGGCACCCUCGAAGCAUACCUGACGGAGGUCAACAAGUGGAUGCGGAAGAACCCAUAUGACGUGGUGACCUUUAUCAUCGGCAACUUCGACUAUGUCAAGCCCGACAAGUUCAUUGACCCAAUCUACAACGCUGGACUAAAGGACCUCAUCUACACCCCCACCAAGGUCCCCAUGGCUCUAAAUGACUGGCCCACGCUCUCAGAAAUGAUCCUCAAGCAGAAGCGCGCAGUCUUCUUCAUGGACUACGAAGCUAACCAGACCGCCUAUCCAUGGCUGAUGGAUGAGUUUUCGCAGGUGUGGGAGACACCCUUCUCACCGACAGACCCCAAGUUCCCCUGCACGCAGCAACGCCCACCGGGCCUGUCCAAGGCAGCCGCCAAGAAUCGCAUGUACAUGGCCAACCACAAUCUGAAUUUACAGUUGAACCUCGGCUCUCUUAGCAUGUUGAUCCCCAAUACUGCUGAGAUCAACGAGACCAAUGCUGUGAAUGGCAGUGGUAGUCUGGGUGAAAUGGCCAAGGAAUGUAACAAAACCUGGGGCCGUCCACCCAACUUCCUUCUGGUUGAUUACUAUAACUACGGCAAUUUCAACGGCUCGGUCUUCGAGGUCGCUGCCGAGAUGAAUAAUGUCACUUACAACCGUAAAUGCUGUGGCCAGACCUCUGGCGCGCUGCGCGAGAUUUCUGUCGCCGGUAUGUCGACGGUGCUUCUGGUGGCAGUGGGAGUGCAGAUUAUGAUGUCUGCGUUUUGA